AUGGACUGGCAUUCGGAGGUGUUUGAUCGCAUCCAGCUUCAGCACUGGACGCCUUGUCCGACGUCUCCGAUCGUCAAUCUCUUUGAAUGGAAUUCGGAUGAAGUUGGCUUGUCCAGUAGUGUAACUCUCCUACGCGAGAACGACAACGUGCUAGCACUAAGAGGCUCGGAGAUUGCCGUCAUCGAUAUUCCUUGA